AUGCAGAGGGCGGUCGACCACGACGGGGCUGCAGCUCUGCUGGAGCAAGCCGCGCAACAAUUCCGAGACCAUGUCGUCUGGAAGACGGCGGGGGGGCAGGGACUAAAUGCUAUGGCGGUCCCAGCUGGUCUGGGGUUCAACGGAAAUGGAGCUGCGGCAACUGGUGCCGGCGGCCUUAGUGCGGGGUUGUUCGGCUCGAGCAGCGUGGGAUUGGGCACGGGCGUUGGCGGAUCAACCAUGGGAGGCGCGCCUGUAUCCCCGGCCUCUGUGUCGGCCGCCAGCAUCGCCCCUCACUGGGACGCGCGCACGGGCGUUGGCAGAUUAACCCUGGAACGUGCGCCAGAGUCCCCGACUUCAUUGUCUCGGGUGGCGUGUGGUGCAAGGACGGCGCCUGUGUCUCCGGCCACCGUGUCGGCAGCCGACAUCGCCCCUCGCCCGGGCGCGAACCAACCGCGUUCGCCGCUUGCCAUGCCAAUGUUUAUUCCGAUACGCACGUCCCCAGCACCGCAGACCACAGGUACUAGUGGAGGUGUGCGGGAAAAUAGAGGGGCGGGAACGUUUGUCCAUGAAAACCUCAAUUCAUCCGUGGAGCCUGAGAGCAACAGACAGCUGGCGGCUGCCGUUCUCGGCAUGUCGUCCAGCGUAUCGACGGGGGGGAGGCGAAAAGGCCAGCUACGUGAACAAGCCAAGAGCUGCCACGGGUGUAGGACGAAUAAACCCGGGCAAGGCAUCAAGUAUGCUUGCGUGGAUGGCCGGAAUCCGAGAUGGAACUAUUGGCUGUGCAAGAGUUGCUUCAAGGAAUGGACGGAAGCGUCUGGAGUUGAUGGAUUUUUGUGUUGCCUACACCGGGGAAAGCAGUGGUGCCCGUGCAACAGCCGGAAAAGGGUCAGGAGAGGCCCCGUCCCGGCAUUGGAGCGAUCUGCGCUAGCAAAGUCGCGCAUUGGGAGCACGAGCAUUUUCGAGUUCCCGGCGCGGACACGUCCAGCCCUCACUGUCGCAAGGACAACUCCCAGUGCCACACCAACUGGGGGGGCGGGCAAAACAUACUCGGUGUGCACAUCGGUCGGUCUUCAGCGUGUGGCGGUGAUCAAAACUGGUGACGAAUUCAUUUGCUCACGGAAGGACUGCAGACGCGUCAAGAAUCCUCAAACCUCAGCUGCAGCCACUGGUGGCACGGACUCUGCACUUCCGGCUCCUUGCUGCCAUGCAGAGGUCGUGCUCCAGGCAGAGAGAUCAUCUAUGCCAAUGCCGACAGCAGAUCCCCUGUUUUCAGCAGAGGAAUUUCGACACGCAUUGACCACGGCAGUGCCAGCAGGAGCGUUCAGCGAGGGCACCACCCGAGCCAUGCACGCACGCGCGGAUCAGGCGGCGGAAGAUGGCGUCCCGGUGCUUGUCGGCCUCGGGAGCACGAAGUACUUCGGGAUAACGGACGGCCUUCAAAACAACCGCAAAGUGGUUGGAGGGUGGGCGCACGUGAAGUAUGACGACAGGGACGGGAGCAAAAUUUUCCAGUGCAAGGUGGGCGAAAGGUUUGCACUCGACUUGCGGUGGUUGAAUGUCGGCAUGGUUGAGGUGCUUCUUUAG